AUGCCGUCGCUUUCAACGCGACUCGUGUUCUACACAAUUGCUCUACUAUUACUUUCGUCCGCUACGCAACGCGCGUCGUCAAUGUCACUCGAUCGUUUGGGUGUCGAUCAGAAUGAAUUAAAUUCGGCUUUAACGGCAGCCAAUAACUAUGAAGAGAAAUCGGAAGCGAUUAAUAGCGCAGAUAUUGUGGUAGACGAUAUGAAAUUGGAAGCUGUACCGACUAAUGGAAAUACGGAUACAUAUUUACUAGUGCCAGCCGGUGGCGCCAACGGAAGUGUGGAAAAGAAUACGAUCGAAAAUGGUGACGGAGCAGCCGAGGAGUCACUACCUAAUGAAACUUCGGACAUGUUGAUGAUGGAGUCGCAUGAUGCGCCAUUGCGCGUCUCCUUUCUUGCACUGCCCGUAGAGCCGCAAGAAUCGAUGGACACCGAAAAUGUUGCGAAACAGGAGGAAAUAAGUGCGGAAGUAAAUGCCUCAGCGAACGAUGAAAAUCGUGUGGAAGAGCCGCUGCCAGUUUUAAUGGAUACGAUUUUAGAAAUUCCCACCGAAUCCGAAACGCAAGAAAUUGCAUCAGUAGCCGGUGAGCAAAUGUCGCAAGAACUCAAUGAAAAAGAACAGCACGACUCGUUAACUGUUGAGGAUAGCUUGAAUAGUGAGAAUACAAUUAGCGCUGAGCAGGGAGCUAUUUCCGAGGUGAACGCUGAUGCGGAAGCGGAAAAGGAUAUGGAAGAAACACAGUUGGUUGAGGAAUUGCCAAAUGAUGAAGUGCCAGAUCAAAGCGAAAUUGUGGAAGAUAAAGAACAUGCUGUCGCAGCAAUUGAGGAGGCAGUCGCUGAAAGUAUAGCAGAAAUUGCAAGCACGCAACAGGACGAAGAAAAACAGGAAGCUAUUGGUAGCUUGUCGGCAUUAGAUGAAGAUUUAUUGCCUGAAACCGUUUUAGUCCCCGAAGAAGCAGUGCAAAUUGUGCAUGAGAAGAGUGAAGAAAAUAUUGAAAAUUUACAUGAGAGUGACAAAUUGGUAGAAGAAGCUAAUGCGGAAGAAAAUGAAAUUAAAGAUGAUCUAAGCCAGCAAAACAUGGCAGAGUUGCAGAACCUGUCGGAGAAUGCUGAGCACACACAGAGUGCCGAGAAUCAUCUCGAAGAAAGUGAACAUGAAAUGGUGAAUAUUAAGCAAGAAACCGAAGAGUUCUCAAAAACAGAGGAGCUGACGAAAGAAGAAGAAAAUGAGCUUCCUAUGUUAUUGGACGAAACUAAAUCAGAGGCAAGUGAAAAUGAAAUGAAGCCGCUGGAAGGAACUGUUGAAAAAGAAAUAGCUGCUGGCUUAACUGAGAUGAUAGCCGAAAAUGACAGGGAUGCAACGAUUGUUGAAGAGAUGGAAACGAAUGAAGGCAAUCAGGAAGGUAACAAACCAGACGAAGCAAUAACUACAGAGAAUAAGCAAGCAGAUGAAGCACAAAUAACAGAAAAUGACAGUCAAACAGCCGAAGAACUCCAAAAGGUAGAAGAAGUUGAGGCAGUAGAGGGUGACCAGGUAGUGGAGGAAAGUCAAGCAACAGAAGAAAAACAAACUAUUGAAGAAACCCAAGCCGACCUCGACAAACAGGCGACUGAAGAAUUGCAAACCGUUGAAGAAAGUCAAACCGCUGAAGAAGCGCAAAAAUCCGAGGAAAUGCAAACAGCUGCAGACAACAAUCAACAAGAAACAGUUGAAGAAGUCAAAGAAACAGAAGAGAUUGAACAGAAUGAUGAUAAAACUCUCAUGGAUGAAAUGAAAGAAGAAGAUACAGUACAACAGGAAAUCAAAGGCGAAAACAUGAUUGCAGAAGCCGCCCCUUUGAAGGAAGAAGCAGAUGCAGCUAUACCGGAAUACGUUGCUGCUGAUGCGAUUUCCGGCCAAGAAUCAACAGCUGAAGACAUUAAAGAAGUAGCAGUGCUGUCAGAAGACAACAAAUCGGAGCAAGUAGCAUUCGAAGACAGCCAACAAGUUGAGCCAGUUAUAGAAGAAAUACAGUCAGAAGAGACUCUGCUAGAAGAAAUUAAACAGGAGCAACCAGCGUUCGAGGGAAGCGGUCAACAAUUAGAGACAGAACAACAAGAAGCAAUUAAUGAAGGACUUCAAGCUACAACUGGCAUUCAAGCUGAUGAAACAGAAGAAGCAACUCAGAAUGAGGGUCAGCAAGUGAUUCACGAGAAGGUUGAAGAAGCGUCUUUCUUAACAGAAUCUGAAGCUGAAUCAGAGCCUGAAGCACCACAAAUGGAAGUGUUAGAAGAGAUUGCCAGCAACGAAAAGCUAACAGAAGAGUCGGAAAAGCAGUCCGAGAUAGUAGAAGAACAAGAGCAACAACAGUUGGAAGUACAGGAGCAGCAGAUGUUAGAAGAACAGCAAAAGGAAGAAGAGCAGCAUGUGGCAGACGAAGAGCAGAUUGAGGAGGAGCAACAGAAGGAAUCAGAGCAGCAGAAUGUUGAAGAGCAGCAACAGCUGCAACAGGAAGACACUCAAGAGAGCGAAGCUGUUGAAGAGCAGCAGCAGCUACAACAGGAAGACACUCAAGAGGGCCAAGCUGUAGAAGAGCAACAUCAGCAACAGGAUGAACAAAUUGGAGAACAGCAACAAGCAUCUGAAGAGCCACAGCAGCAAAUAGUCGAGCUGCAACCAUUGAAGGAACAAGAAAACCUAGAAAACGAAAAGUUGCAAGAAGCAGAGCUCUCAGAAGAGGAACAACAGUCAGCUCAAGAACAAAUUGUACAGCUGACGCAAGAAGAAACUGUCGCACAAACACAGCCAAUUAUCGAAAUACAACAGACCGCGGAGGAACAACCACAGCCGGAGACUAUGCAGCCAAUCAACGAUGAGCAAGCAGAAAUUGUUGAGGAAACAUUGAACAGUGGACCAAUCGAGCCUGCCACUUCGCUACUCACAACAAUCAUACAAGUGCCGCAACAGCAACAGCAAGCCACACCAGUACAAAUCGCAAAUGUUGAAGCGCCAUUAGCCACAACACUCGUUGAUGUCAACAAUUUAACAGCGGCAAUGACAGCACCCUCAGUAGCACCACUAAAUGUCAUGGAUAGUGUACUCAAUUAUGUCAAUGCCUCGUUUAUGCAACUUAAUAACAACAACAACAAUAACAAACAGCAACAAACAUCGCAGAAACUGAAGGAUGAUGAUGACGACGAUGAUGAUUUAAAUGCACAGUUGAGACGGUACGAUGGUGCUCAGGUCUGGAGAAUUGUUGUGCAAAAUGAUCACGACAGAAAAAUGGCGGAUGAGCUGCAAACUAAAUACGGUGGUCAAUUAUGGAAGGAGGUGAAGCAAGAGGUCGAUUACUUAUUGAAGCCACAAGUGUUGGGCGAAGCAGAGCAACAUGUACGCAUCGCAAAUCUAUCGCGAAUUGUUCUCAUCGACAAUUUGCAAAAAGUCAUCGAAACGGAAAAUCCCAGCGCAGCUGAAAUUGCAUCCUUCCAAAAUCGAAAGGGACAUCGUCUGACAUGGAAGGCCUAUCAUCGCCUGGCGGAUAUCCACGGUUUCUUUGAUUACAUGGCAAAGACAUAUCCUGACAUUUGCUCAGUGGAAACAAUCGGUUAUUCGUUACAGAAACGACCGCUGAAAAUUUUGAAAAUCUCCAACGGUAAUCCUGGCAAUCCAGGCAUUUGGAUCGACGGUGGCAUGCAUGCACGCGAGUGGAUUAGCCCAGCAACGGUCACAUUUAUUGCCAAUCAAUUGGUUGAAGGUUGGGAUGAUUUACCCGAAUAUAUGCGCAAUGUCAAUUGGUACAUACAUGCUGUGGCUAAUCCCGAUGGCUAUGAGUACACACACACCACCGAUCGGUUGUGGCGCAAAAAUAUGCGUUCGCAUGGCCGUCAAUGCCCUGGUGUCGACCUGAAUCGAAAUUUCGGUUAUAAAUGGGGAGGCAAGGGUACGUCAGCAAAUCCUUGUUCGCAAACAUAUCGCGGUAGUAAGGCCUUCUCGGAACCGGAAACAUUCUACAUUUCGAAAUUCAUUAGCAAUUAUCCACGUGACACCUUCCAUGCGUACCUCUCAUUCCACAGUUAUGGUCAAUACAUUUUGUACCCAUGGGGUUAUGAUUAUCUUCUUACCGCCGACAAAUCGGAUUUAGAUCGUGUAGCGCGUCAAGCGGGAACGACUAUCACGAAGAAAUCGGGCGGCAAGUACACCAUCGGCUCAUCAGCAACUACUCUCUAUCCAGCGGCCGGCGGCUCAGACGAUUGGGCUAAGGGCUUUGUGGGCAUCAAAUACGCCUACACCAUUGAAAUGGGCGACACUGGUCGUUAUGGUUUCGUGCUACCCGCCAGCUACAUUGAAACUAACGCUAAAGAUGGCUACACAUUUGCAGAGACUGUGGCGCGCGCCGUCACACAGGGCAAAUACAGUCGAAAACGUGCCUUCUAA